AUGGCCGAGCCAACGAUCACAGAAGACUACCUCGAAAACACGCUGCGAGAAAAGCUGCAGGCUCAGCACGUCAAGGUUACUGACGUCUCAGGCGGCUGUGGCCAGGCUUUUACGGCCGUCAUCGUCUCGCCCUCUUUUAACGCCCUCAACUCCCUCAAGCGCCACCGCCUCGUCAACGCCACGCUGCGCGAUGAGAUUGCCCGCAUCCACGCCUGGAGCGCAAAGUGCCAGACUCCCGACGAGUGGUCUCGCGAUCAGAGCAAGGGCGAUGUUGCCAUGCAGGGCGCCUGA